AACAAAUUUUAGGGACUAAACUAAUAAAAGUUGUGGUAUGUAAUGGACUUGUUGCAUGCUCUAAAAACUUCGAGGAGAGGACCCAGCGAGAACCGCCCAAGCUAAUAAACUUAGGUGGCUCGCCUCGUCAACAGCUUGGACAGACGGCGCUCGACCAUCAUAAAAAACGAAAUAAUUUCUCCAUCAAAACCCACCCACCCAACGCGUAUCCAAUAAUCCAAAUGACAACAAACCUCCGGACAGAGCCUCUGCUAUGAGAGCGGCGUUUCGAACCGCUAUUCCCGCCCUCCUCUCCUCCGCCGCCGCCUUCCGCCCGUGCCGUCGUAUUCUCCGCCUCUCCCCUCUUCUCCUCCUCCGAAGCUCUCCCCUCUCGUCGUCGAUGGCGAACCACCCCACGCCACCCUCAUCCGCCUCUCCUUCGUCCUCCUCCACCGCCGCCGCCGGCGCCACUGUCGGUUUGUCGUCCUCCUCCUCGUCUUCGAUGGAGAAGCAGUUCGAGGAUUUCCGGGUCCAGCUCGAGGAGUCGGGGAGUGUCCGCGAGCGGAUCCGCAGGGUGGUCAUGGAGAUGGAGGGCGCCAUCCGGCUGAUGCACUCCAGUCUCCUUCUCGUCCACCAGUCCCUCCCAGCCCCAGAGGUUUUGGAGAAGGCUAGGGUUCAGAUUGGGGUGCUUAAUGACCUCUUUGGUCGGCUUGCUGAGAUCCUCCGAGAAUGCCCGGGACAGUAUUACAGGUAUCAUGGGGAUUGGAAGAGCGAGACGCAGACCGUGGUUUCGCUGCUUGCUUUUCUGCAUUGGUUGGAGACCGGGAGUCUUCUCACGCAUGAAGAAGCUGAGAAAAAACUUGGAUUGAAUGCUUCGGAGUUUGGUCUGGACAUUGAAGAUUACCUCAUAGGAUUGUGUUUUAUGUCCAAUGAAAUGCCCAGAUAUGUGGUAAAUCAAGUAACUGCUGGGGAUUAUGAUUGUCCAAGGAAGGUGUUGAAGUUCUUGACUGAUCUCCAUGCAGCCUUUAGGAUGCUAAACCUUCGAAACGACUUCUUGCGUAAAAAGUUUGAUGGCAUGAAGUAUGACUUGAGAAGAGUUGAAGAAGUCUACUAUGAUGUCAAGAUCCGAGGUCUGGCAUCUGGGGAGACCACAAAAGAUCAAACCACCCAAGCUUGAUGGUUCUGAUUCGCCAUCUAUGUAUGGAGUGUACCCUUGGAUAGCUUGGAUUUGUAAGGCAGAGUCAUGGUCAAGAAGCUUGGAUUUGGAUGAGUGAAGGGCAGAGUCAUGGUCGAGAAGCUUGGAUUUGGAUGAGUGAACUGGGGAAAAAAGGUUCAUCUUCACAGCUUAAGUUCUACCUCUGAAGAAUGUCAAAUACAACAUUCUUUUGGUAUCUGGAUCAGCACAAUUACUUUUAAAAGAGAUGUUCUGUUCUACCAGCGCUACAUCCUUUUUUUCCAAGUCAUGCUGAUUUAACCUUGGUUUUCUUCUCUCUCUUUCUCUACGAAACAUCAAGGUUACAAGUUUUUUAUC